ACAUGACAAAGCGGGCACCCUAUCCAGUGAACUCUCUCGCUGACCCUCUGUGUGUGUGUGUGUGUGUGUGUGUGUGUGUGUGUGAUCUGUGGGGCUCCAUGACUGGACUAUAGAUCCACUGUUCCUGGCAGUUAUUUUUUUCUUUUUUCUUUUUACCUGAUAGGACAAGGGAAACUAGGGUGGGGGGGUAGAGAGGGAGCGAAAAAAGAGACACCUGCAGUCCUGCUUCACUGCUUAUUUAGCUUCCCCCCUGCAGGUGGGGUCUGGGGGCUUGAACCGAUGUAUGGUAAACCAACCCGUGGUAAUGUGUGCACUCAAGCAGAUGCUCCACCGCUUAGCCCUCCAGGUGUUCUUAAAGGACCCACCUUCAUCAGUCCUGUUCCAGAGAGGAGAAGAUCAAGUCUGAGGCCGGGGAGCUGGCCAAAGACUAGGCAAAGGAUGCCAGGAUUGGGCGGGGACAGGAAACAGGGCUGGAGCAGCUGCCUCUGGAAGUAGCCAAGAUGUCUCUCUCUGCAGUAGGGGUGGGAGGAGGAUUGGGUGACAGUCCCCUAACCCAAGCCGGAACUAACACUCCUGCCCCUCAUGCAACCUGGCCUGCCCCUCUUCAAGCCGCCAGUGCUCAGCAUAACCCUGAGCAGCAAACGAGGGAAUGGCAGGGGCUCUGCUGGUCGUCCUGCUCCUCUUGCAACUCCUGGGCAGAGGUGAGGGGAACAAAGAGGAAUUACGUCUUUACCACCAUCUCUUCGACAACUAUGACCCGGGAUGCCGGCCAGUGAGCGAGCCUGAGGACACUGUUGUCAUCAACCUCAAGGUUACCCUGACCAACCUCAUCUCACUGAACGAGAAGGAGGAGACUCUGACCACCAGUGUCUGGAUUGGAAUUGACUGGCAGGACUACAGACUCAACUACAGCAAAGACAACUUUGGGGGCAUAGGGACUCUGCGGGUCCCUGCAGAACUCGUAUGGCUACCGGAGAUUGUGCUGGAAAACAAUAUAGACGGCCAGUUCGGGGUGGCCUACGACGCCAAUGUGCUGAUCUAUGAAGGCGGCUACGUGAGCUGGCUGCCUCCCGCCAUCUACCGGAGCACCUGCGCCGUGGAGGUCACCUACUUCCCCUUCGACUGGCAGAACUGCUCACUCGUUUUCCGCUCUCAGACAUACUCGGCCGAAGAGGUGGAGUUCAUCUUUGCAGUGGACAAUAAUGGCGACACCAUCAGCAAACUGGAUAUCGACACCGAGGCCUACACUGAGAACGGAGAGUGGGCCAUCGACUACUGCCCGGGGGUGAUCCACCGCCAUGAUGGCCCCGGGGGCAUUGACGUCAUCUACACGCUCAUCAUCCGCCGGAAGCCGCUCUUCUACAUCAUCAACAUCAUCGUGCCCUGCGUGCUCAUCUCCGGCCUGGUGCUGCUCGCCUAUUUCCUGCCGGCGCAGGCCGGCGGCCAGAAAUGCACCGUGUCCAUCAACGUGCUGCUCGCCCAGACCGUCUUCUUGUUCCUCAUCGCCCAGAAAAUCCCAGAGACGUCGCUGAGCGUGCCGCUGCUAGGCAGGUUCCUCAUCUUCGUCAUGGUGGUGGCCACGCUGAUCGUCAUGAACUGCGUCAUCGUGCUCAACGUGUCCCUGCGGACGCCCACGACGCACGUCGUGUCGCCGCGGCUACGUCAUGUCUUACUGGAGCUGCUGCCCCGCCUUCUGGGCUCGAGGGCGCCCCCCGAUCACCCCCAGGCCGCCUCGCCCCCCAGACGGGCGUCUUCCGUGGGGAUCCUGCUCCGUGCGGAGGAGCUGAUACUGAAAAAGCCGCGGAGCGAGCUCGUGUUUGAGGGACAAAGGCACCGGCACGGGGCGUGGACGGGAAGUGUCCGACUGGGUGCGCAUGGGGAAGGCCCUUGACAACGUCUGCUUCUGGGCAGCCCUGGUGCUCUUCAGUGUGGGCUCCACCCUCAUUUUCCUCGGGGGCUACUUCAAUCAAGUGCCCGAGCUGCCCUACCCGCCGUGUAUGUAGACCAGAGCCCCCGGCAGUGCUGACUACGCAACUUUCCUACCCAACUCCAGGAGGAAAUCGAUUUUGAAAGGCUGCUGCCACUGCUGUGAUGGAUGAUCCUUUCCCACUGUCAAUAACACCUGCAUUAAAAAAAAAAUCCCCGGGGGUAGCGCAGCGGGUUAAGCGCAGGUGGCGCGAAACGCAGUGACCGGAGUAAGGAUCCCGGUUUGAGCCCCCGGCUCCCCACCUGCAGGGGAGUCGCGUCACAGGCGGUGAAGCAGGUCUGCAGGUGUCUUUCUCUCCCGUCUUUCCCGUCCUCUCUCGAUGAUUCUCUUUGUCCUAUCCAACAAUAGCAAAAAUAAUAAGGCUAAUAAAAAAAAAAAAAGGGAAAAUAUGGCCUCCUGGAGCAGUGGAUUCGUGGUGCAGGGACCGAGUCCCAGCGAUAACCCUGGAGGCAAAAAAAAAAAAAAAAAUCCCCCAGGGGGCCAGGCACAUACAUCUGGUUAACCACACAUGCUACUACUAAACCUUAGCGCAAGGACCCGGGUUCAAGCCCCUACUCCCCACCUGCGAGGUGUGUGUGUGUGUGUGUGUGUGUGUGUGUGUGUGUGUGUGCCGGUUCAGAAACAGUGAAGCAGUUCUACAGGUGUCUUGUCUUUCUACUCGUCCUCUCUCAAUUUCACUCUUUCCUAUAAAAUAAAAUGGGGAAAAUGGCCACCAGGAGCAGUGGAUUCUGCUGGCACUGAGCCCCAGUGAUAACCCUUGAGGAGCUGUGUGUGCACGUCUGAGAGUCUAGUGCUUUAGCCACUGAGCCACCUCCCGGACCACUGUGUGUGCACGUUUGUGAAGGUCUGGCUCCCUCCAUCCCGGGAUCAGUGGGAGGGGACAGAUGGCUUAGGAAGGUUUGGGGGACCAAUCUUUCAGAAAGUUGGAACCAUGUUGAUUCAGCCUUGCUGACCUCACAGUUUUUCUCAGCUUCAGCCCCUGUGAGCUGCUCAAAGAUCAGAAGCUUUAACCACUUGCUGGCCAAAGAGGAGAGCCGCACCCUGUUUGCUGGAUGUACAAUUGGGAGGCUGGAGUCAGAAGCUAGGUCUCUCUGGCCCAAGCCCUGCUGGAGGGGGCAAGGACUAUAUGUGUUCUCCGCAGGCCCACAGCUAUAUAUUUUUUAAAUUUACUUAUUGGAUAGAGACAACCAGAGGAAAGGGGAAGGAAGACAGGGAGGGAGAGAGAGAGAGAGAGACACCUGCAUCACUGCUUCACCACUUGCAAAGGUUCCCCUUGCAGGUAGGAACUAGGGGGCUGAAACCCAGGUCCUUGCACAUGGUAACAUGAACACUCAACCAGGUGCACCACCACCUGGCUCCGCUUUUCUUUUUCUUUUUAACUUUUUAAAAAAUAUUUAUUGGGGGUCGGGCAGUGGCACAGUGGGUUAAGCGCAUGUGGCGCAAAGCGCAAGGACCAGCGUAAGGAUCCCGGUUCAAGCCCCAGGCUCUCCACCUACAGGGGAGUCGCUUCACAGGUGGUGAAGCAGGUCUGCAGGUGUCUAUCUUUCUCUCCCCGUCUUCCCCUCCUCUCUCCAUUUCUCUCUGUCCUAUCCAACAAUGAACAACAUCAACAACGGCAAUAAUAACUACAAC